AUGGAGUUCCCUGUGGACGUGUUGGGAUCAGUGAGACAUGAGGAGGAGGAGCAGGAGGCAGAGGGCUACAUGACCCAGCUACGAUACGUCAGCCCCGACAAGGCCGAGCGCUUUACCCUGCCCAGCCACAGAAUGAUCUGUAUCAGUCUGUGUAACGUUGGUUUUGUUCCCAUCUAUGGAGGAGACCUGAAGCAUAAGAUUCUGGCCCUGUUCUCCCCAGAGGACCAGCUCACAGCGGUAGCUUUGUUUCUGGCGGGUCAGUGGUGGUCUGUCGAGGACAUCCUCAGAACCUCCGACCCCUCCAGAACUGGCCUCCUCAAGGUGAGGAGUCUUGGUGAGCGGAUCGUCCUCUACAUUCUGAACCGUAUCGUGUACCGCGUGGGUGAGAUGGACAAACCUGAGGUGCCCUUCCUGUGCCACGGACAGAACCACUUCGCCAAGCUCCUCUGGAAGGAUGGACACGCCGUCGGGUUCUACUCUGUCAAACCCAAAGACAGCUUGUGUAAUAGCUUUGUGACCCAACGCUACCAGCUGCCUGUCAUGGACUCCAUCUUUGUCAGGAAGUGUCAUCGUGGAAACAGUCAUGGUCUGCAGAUGUUGGAGGAUUUUGUGGACUCUUUCAAAGAUGACCAGCUCGGCCUGAAGUACCCUCUCUCUCUAACCAUGUAUAAAGUGUGUGGCCAGUAUCUGUGUCGGUACCCAGCUGACCAGGAACUGCUGUGGGUGGUAGAGGGAGUGGGAGGACCCUACCAGAGGGAGAGAGUGGCCAACAAGAUCAAAACACUGAAAGUGGUGCUCCCCGUGGUGACGGAUAAUGGAGAUCACCAAGCAGCCUCUUUGGACAGCACAGACAUCAACAUGGAAGAGGGCUCAGACAACUGUCUGGACAUCACCGAAGAUGUUUUGGUGCUGAAUAAGCCCCUCAAGUUAAUAGAAGCCCUGGAGGGCACACCAGUGUCAACACACACCUGGAGUAGUGGACAUAAAAAGCGUGGCAGAGAAGAGAUGGAAGACUCUGAGGAGGAGAGCCAGCCUCUGAAGAUGAACAGAUUGGAGGAGGCAGAGCCCACCACCACAGCUGUAGAGGGAGAGGAGGAAGGAAGCGGGGGGGAUGAGACAGAGUCUGGAGAAGCAGAGGCUGCUCUGUCCCCUAUAGAGGAGGCCAAAGCUCAGGAGGCUGAGGUCAAAGGAGAACUGACUGAUGACCAGGGAGAGGAGGAAGAGGUUGCCACACAGGAGCCUGAUGCUGUGCUGGAGAACAGAACGACAGAGGAAGAUGUGGAAAUAGAGGAGGAGGAUACGAAGGAGGAAGACUCCAUUGAGGCUAAAGACACCGUAGAUGCAGCUCCUGUGGCACCAGAGGAAUUAGCUGAGACGGAAGCUGUGGUGAAGGAGGCUCCUCUCCUGUUAGAAGAACCAGACUCUGCUACAGAGAAGGCCCCUUCGCCUGCAGAGCCCUCCCUCUCUGGGGAGGUGAUUGAGGAGGCAGGGGGCGAACCUCCAGAGGAUGCCGCAGCUACACCCAUGGAAGGAGCGUUAGAGGGAGAAAAGGAGGUGGCGGAGAAAGCGGUGAAGGAAGAGGAGAAAUCCAUGGAGGCGGCCAUCACAGUGGACAGCAGUAGCCAGGAAACGGUGGUCCAGGUGGGGGUAGCAGACCUGUCCUACCAGCCUCCGGAGGAAGGAGAGAACCAGCCUCUCACAGAGGAAGAAGGAGAGGAGGCGGCAAGAGAAGAGGUCAAAGAGGACAAAAAGAAAGAGGUAGAAGAGAUGGAGAACGUUACAACCACAGAGGAUGAGGGAGAGAGUGAGAGCUCAGACGAGGGUGGCGACGGUAAGGUCCUUUGGAGGAGAGGCAGUGGCCAAGCGGCGGCGCCUAAACAUAAAUCUAAGAGACUGAGCAGAGUGGUCAUGGAGCCCGAGGAGCAGGGCACAGAGCAGCCGGAGGUCAUGGAGGAAGAGGAGGAGAAAGCGAGAACGACAGAGGAGGAAGAGGGGGCUGUAGAGAAGAGCUUGGCUGAGGAAGAGGUGGAGGAAGAAGAGCACCCACCAGUGAUUGACCAGAGAGCAUUGAGGAAGAAGAGCCGACAGGUCCAGGCUCCAAAGAAAGCCAAAGGGAAACGACGCAGCAAGAUCUAA